AUGGGCGCUGCUAGCCCUCUCUCAAUACUGGCACGGGUGACCGUCGCUUUUCAGGUACUGCUGUUCAUCAGUCCCCUCCUGAGGGGGAUCAAACUCGCGAAGGCGGACAACCCAUUCGUACAAACCAUUUACACCGCGGAUCCCGCUCCGGUCGAGUACAAUGGCCGGCUGUACGUAUUCACUGGCCACGACGAGGAUGGGUCCAAGGAUUUUGUGAUGAAAGACUGGAGGGUCUUCUCAACCGUUGACAUGGUCAAUUGGCAAGACCAUGGCUCACCCAUGAGCUUGAAAACCUUCAGUUGGGCAAGCGCAAAUGCGUGGGCUGGACAAGUCAUCCCGCGCAACGGCAAAUUCUACUAUUACGCCCCGGUCCGAGCCAAUAGCGGAAGGAUGGCAGUCGGGGUUGCUGUGAGUGACAAUAUCACUGGACCGUAUCGCGAUGCCAUAGGCAAACCGCUGGUGGAGAAUAACGAAUUCGAUCCUACCGUCUGGAUCGACGACGAUGGCCAGGCCUACCUCUACUGGGGAAACCCAAACUUGUGGUACGUCAAGCUGAACCAAGACAUGAUCUCUUACAGCGGUGGGAUGAAUAAAGUGUCACUCACCACCGCUGGAUUUGGUGCUCGUUCCGGCAGCGCCAACCAAGGGCGUCCUACCUCCUUCGAGGAGGGGCCGUGGAUCUAUAAACGGAAGGGCCUUUAUUACUUGGUCUACGCAGCGAACUGCUGCUCGGAAGACAUACGCUAUGCGACGGGUCCCAGCAUCACAGGGCCUUGGACAUAUCGAGGCUUGGUCAUGGCCACCGAGGGCGCCAGCUUCACCAAUCAUCCCGGUGUUAUCGACUACAAGAACAACUCGUACUUCUUCUACCACAAUGGCGCCCUUCCCGGUGGAAGCGGCUACACCCGAUCCGUCGCUGUCGAACGCUUCGUUUAUAACGCCGAUGGUACGAUCCCUCAGAUGAAGAUGACCAAGGAUGGCGCACCGCAGAUCGGAACAGUGGAUCCAUACUUACGACAGGAAGCCGAAAUGAUGGCCUGGUCGUCCGGAGUCGAAACCGAGGUCUGCAGCGAGGGCGGCAUGGCUGUUUCGUACAUCAACAAUGGCGACUACAUCAAGGUCAAGGGCGUUGCAUUCGGAUCUGGCGCAAAGUCAUUCAGCGCGCGUGUCUCGUCCGGCGCCAGUGGUGGCAAGAUUGAACUUCGUUUGGGCAGCGCGACUGGCACGCUCGUCGGCACAUGCACUGUGUCGAGCACUGGGGGAUGGUCGACCUGGGUGACCGUAACAUGCCCUGUGAGCGGCGCUUCUGCGACCCAGGACUUGUUCUUUCGCUUCACGGGCAGUGGGACCGGUUCACUCUUUAACUUCAACUGGUGGCAGUUCGGACAGUAG